UCCUUCUACGGGCUGAGACCUUGUUCCCAUCAAAUUACGGUGCUGAGAUCUUUUACGAGUACGUUAUACUGUUACAUUCCGCCUAUUUGAUAGCUAAAGUACAUAAAAGCAUUAUUACGCACGAACGCAUCUUUGUCGAGUUCGCACACGCAAACGCAAGCGUGACAAACGCAUGCGUUUAAACGCAAACGCACGCACGCGAACGCGAACGCAGAAUUCACCGUGCCCCAUACCUACUAGAUCCCCGCUUGAACACUCGUCUCAGCAAGUUUCUCAGCUCACGCAAGCCCGUCUUCAUGCCAAAAGUUCAGCGUCACUUUUCUUCGGUGCGUCUGCAGCUCCUCCUCGAUAGCCCUCAUGCUAUCUUCUCAGCCGCUUUUCCUUCGAAUCGACUUGUUGCUUUAUCUUGUACUAGCUCUGUCGUGUGCUGCUCCUUUCCGAGGAGCCCUAGCUGUGUCUUCUUCUUUGCGAGACGGCGUCCUUAUGAUCCUAAAAUAUCUGCGACCACGACGUGUCCACAUCCGUGCUGAUUUCUCGGGAUCGUGUGGUCUUGUGGUUAUUAACGAGAUUUUCCGCAGUUCCACAGCUAGUCCUUGGUCUGUUUGAAUUGUAAGGAUUUCGGAACGCAGGCUAGGUGUCUAGUCCUCAAGCGGACGUACUGCUGGUUUGUGGACCAUGGCAUUGAUCCUUUGGUUAUCCGACAAAGCUGAUCGGUGUCGAAAGGAGAGUGUUACUGUCACAGAUUGUCA